AGGGACAGAACCUCCAAAGUCUCCAAAGCAGUCACGGCCAGCAGGAACUGCACAGGCGAAAAUAUGCCAGCCCAGUAGUGCCUGCAGAGAAGAAGUCAAAAGAGCAGGAAGCAAAGCUGAAGGUGCCAGUGGCCGUGCUGUGGAGCCAAAAGCUGCUCCGAGCCCAGUCAAGGCACGUACUCCUGCAGGCAAAGCAGCAGGUCGUGGUGCAAACUCCGAAAAGCUGCUGCAGGCGGCUGUAAAUCUCCGCAACAGCAAGUCGCUACGCCUGGCUCUGUCGCGUGCAACACAAGCAUCCCCAGCUCUCAUGGCGAAAGCGAGCGCUCUCUUGGAACGUUUGGCGGCUGCAGAAUCUGCAGCUUUGCAAGAUCUUCGGACAGCUGAGCGGGAUGAAGCUCGAGAGCCGCCAGUCCCAUGGAGGCUGCUGUGCUUAGACUUCGACCGGACCAUCGCAAAGGAGCAUAUGUGGGGCACAUACAAGGACGCCCCACUGAAUCAGAUCCCUGUGUCCGAGGAAACUUUCACCGAUUUGGCACUCUUUCGCUGGCUGGUCCGAGCCAUUCGGAAGCGAGCAGGAGAGGUGGUCAUUGCGACUUUUGGCCGUGCUGAUGUGGCGGGCAAAGCCAUGCAGUUCGCACUCGGUGAAGACCAUGGGGUUGUGAUCACCACCCCAGCUGAUUAUCCAGACCCCGCACCCGAGGCUGGCAUCGAAGCUGCACGCUGUCCAGAAGGGAGCUCCUGGUUGGGCGACAAAAACACCCAGUUGGCUUCUUUGGCACGGCGCUUCGGUGUGGCUGCAACAGAAAUGAUCCUGCUCGAUGACGACUUGCACAACGUCCAGGAAGCUGCAAAGGCAGGCGUUUCCGCCUUCCAUGCACCCACUGGACUGAACAAAACUGCAGUUCAGAACGUUGCCGAACUCAUCGGACUGACUGGGCAUGCAGAAUGAUACAACGAUUCGAACGAUUCGAACGAUGCAGAAGUUGAGCGUCUGAGACGUCUCACUCUUUAUCUCUGGAGCCUGACGAGCAGAGCAAAAUGCGAAGGGGCCAGCCACAUGUAUUUGUUUGCUUCGAAUUUGAGUUUGUUAAGAGCUCAGAUCACCUACGAUCUUAGGGGCCUGUUAGAGUUAAAGAGAGAGAGAGAGAGAGAGGGAGAGGGAGAGAGAGAGAGAGACUACGUGAGUCCAGGAUUAUUGUCUAACGCAAACCCUUGCCAUUCAGGAUCUUCAACAAGCUGCUGAUUCUUUAC